UGAACGGUGAACGAAAUGUUUCGUGUCAAAAAAAUUGUGCCACAGUCAACAUUCGAAUUAUUCGUAUGAUAGUUAAAUAAAUUCUGUGAGAAAUACUGUGUGAUUUCCUAAUUCGAAAUAACAUGGAUCGUCUGGAAAUUUUGUCUGAAUGCCUGAUUAAAGUAGAAAACGUAAAACAGGAACCUGAUGAAUGUGGCAGAGAGGAAGCAUGCAAUUUCAUGGGAGGAGAGAAGACUUGUUCUUUGAAGAGUGAAGUGAAAAAGAAAGGGAAUGAAGUGUUCUGUCAUUUGCAGGAAGGGGAGAGAACCUGUCCUUUGAAGAGUGAAGUGAAAGAAAAAGAUGAAGAGGAGGAACUAAAGCCAUCAGUUCGAUUGUUUUUGGAUCCCGAAGAAGUGCCUGAACAAGUACCACAGGAACACAAGGACCCUUUGGCAAUGUGUAAUGAAAAUCUUGACAAGAGCUCAUGGCCAGUUGGUGAUGAAUGUGAUCCAGAGAGGCUCAUAUCAUCUGUUUCAACUCACAAUGGCCCAGAGAGCCUGAAUUCAGAUAAUGCCAUUCAUGCAAACACACGCUCUGUCAGUAAAAGUGUUAUUAAAUUAGAAGAAAUUAAGCAAGAACCAGAAGACUCUAUUGUAGAGCCUGUUUGGAAUUCCACUAAGCUCAUUGAGGAUUCCUUAAAGACUGAAGUGAAAGAAGAAGAUGAUGAGGAGAACUUAUGUGGGGAGGAUUUUGAUGUUGGCUUGGAAAGGAAGGAUAGAAACUCAGAGUCCUUGGGUGCAGAUUACCAAGAGGCCACUUUCAGCCACUCCAAAACUGGAUUGGAACGAUGUGGUAACGAGUGUGACGUGUUCAAUGGAGGAAAUGAUGUAACUAUUACAAACACGGUAGUGGAACCAACCGACAGUGCUGAGCUUAAUAAAAACGAAAAUUAUUUUAAAAAAUAGUCAAUCAUAAGAAGUGUCAUUUCACAAUGAUUCAUACUAAAUACAUUUUGUUGUUGAAAUGUUUACUUCAGUGAUCUGUUCGGGAAAAUGAGUGAAACUAAUGUGCAUUAACAAUGGAUCAUAUCGAAUUGUUAGCAGAAAGUGUUAUUAAAUUAGAAGAAAUUAAGCAAGAACCGGAGGACUCUGUUACAGAGCCUGUUUGGAAUUCAACAAAUGGCCGAUAUGCUAAAUUGAUAUGGACUCAUAAUUGAUUGUCUAUAAACUUAAGCACCUCGAGGACUCCGUAAAGACUGAAUUGAAAGAAGAUGAUGAUGAGGAGCUUGAGCCCCCAGUUACAAUCUUUCUCCAGGAGGACAUUAAGGAAGAGGUGGAGUGGGGCGAAGAAGAAGAAAAAGAGGAGGUGGAGGAUAACUUGUGUGGGAAGGAUUUCGAUGUUGGCUCUGAAGGGAACAAUAGAAACUCAGGGUCCGUAGGUACGUCCAAAAAUGUCGAGCCAGCCAACCAGGCGAAAAUUGAAAAUGGACCUGGGAAGCAAGUCGAAGUUGAAGUUGAAGUUCCAAAAGCUGACCCUACUUCUCAAGUAUCUCCUUCAAACAAUCUGCCAUAUCCACAGAGAAAAUAUACUUGUUCUUAUUGUUCCAAGACAUUCCGACUUCAAUGCCACUUGAAGACACACAUAAGAACACAUACUGGAAGUAAACCCUAUAGCUGUCCGCAGUGUCUGUCGUGUUUUUCCCAGAUGGCACAUCUGCAGAAACACAUGAGGGCUCAUUCUGGAGAGCGGCCUCACCAGUGCCAGGUGUGCAACCGUGCGUUCAAAGAGCGAUAUCAACUUGUUACUCACCAGUACACACACUCCGGGCAAUGGCCCUACAGAUGCCCAGUCUGUGGGAAGGGGUUUGCCUUCUAUACGCGUCUCAGCAAACAUGCACAAGUCAAGCAUCAAGGUGAAGAACACUUAAAAGGAGGCGCGUGCGCGCAGUGGGAGCUGCCGCCCCGGAGGGAGCGUCGGGCGGAGGGGAGGGCGGCAGAGGCGGCCGCCCCCCCUGCGCCGCGCCGCCACGAGU